CCUGGGAGGGUGNGCCGGCUGCCCAGAUAACAGGGAGGGGGCAGGCGGGCAGCCCUGCUCGUCCUGGAUGUGGCCAUACAGAGGUGUGGCCCCGGACUCUCAGGGCUCUACGUCCCCAGACGCUUGGCUCUGCACACACACCGGCCCCCACCUGUGAGCCCCUGGGCUCCUGAGGCUGGUCUUUGGCUCUGCCCGUUGACCCAGCAAGGUGGGCUGGACCCCGGGAGGGCGGAGUGGCGGGGCCUGCCCACUGCUGCCACCGCCCCCAGGUCCAGCCCUGCCCCCACCAUGAAGCUGACCUGCAAGGAGCGGGUCCUCACGGCCAUGCUGGGUGCCAUGGUGGCCCUGGCCAUCACCACUCUCAUUCUGAUCCUGGUGGAGGCCACCAGCAUCCUCCUGCCCGCAGACACCAAGUUUGGGAUCGUGUUUGACGCGGGGUCCUCCCACACGUCCCUCUUUGUGUACCGGUGGCCAGCGGACAAGGAGAAUGAUACAGGCGUGGUCAGCCAGGCCCUGGCCUGCCAGGUGAAAGGCCCGGGAAUCUCCUCCUACACCUCCAACCCGUCACAGGCUGGCGAGAGCCUGCGGGGCUGCCUGGAGGAGGCGCUGGCCAUGAUCCCAGAGGCCCAGCAUCAGCACACGCCCUUGUUCCUGGGGGCCACGGCUGGCAUGAGGCUGCUCAGCCAAAAGAACAGCUCCCAGGCCGAGGAGAUCUUUGCAGCCAUCACCCAGGUCCUGGGCCGGGCCCCCGUGGACUUCCGGGGCGCCGAGCUCCUGGCUGGUCAGGAUGAAGGUGCCCUAGGUUGGAUCACCAUUAACUACGUCCUGGGCUUGCUGGUCAAGUACUCCUUCUCUGGAGAGUGGAUCCGGCCUUCCGAGGGGACACUGGUGGGCGCCCUGGACAUGGGUGGGGCCUCCACCCAGAUCACCUUCGUGCCCGGAGGCCCCAUUCUGGACGAGAGCACCCAGGCCACCUUCCUCCUCUACGGCUUCAAGCACAGCGUCUACACCCACAGCUACCUCUGCUUCGGGCGCGACCAGAUUCUGAACAGGCUGCUGGCUGGGCUGGUGCAGAGCAGCCCGGGCCAGCGCAUCCGCCACCCCUGCUACCACAGUGGCUACCAGGACACACUGUCCCUGGCCCCCGUGUACGAGUCGCCCUGUGUCCAAGCUGCAUAUCCCCCCGGCUUCCCCCAGAACCUGACUGUGGAAGGGACGGGGAACCCUGGGGCCUGCGUCUCGGCCAUCCGGGGCCUCUUCAACUUCUCCAGCUGCAAGGGCCAAAAAGACUGUGCCUUCAACGGGGUCUACCAGCCCCCCCUGCAGGGCCCAUUCUAUGCCUUCUCCAACUUCUACUACACCUUCCACUUCCUGAACCUCACCUCCGGGCAGCCACUGGCCACGGUCAACGCCACUGUCUGGGAAUUCUGCCAAAAGCCCUGGAAGCUGGUGGAGGCGACGUGGCCGGGGCAGAAGCGUUGGCUACGUAACUAUUGUGCCUCCGGCCUGUACAUCCUCACGCUCCUGCUCGAGGGCUAUGGCUUCAGCGAGGAGACCUGGCCCAGCAUCAAGUUCCGCAAGCAGGCUGGAGGCGCCGACAUUGGCUGGACGCUGGGCUACAUGCUGAACCUGACCAACAUGAUCCCGGCCGAGGCGCCCGCCCAGUGGUGGGCAGAGAGCUAUGGAGUCUGGGUGGCCAGUGUCGUCUUUGUGGUGCUGACCCUUGUGGCCAUUCUCACGGCAGCUGCAGCCCAGCUCCUCUGGCCCCGGGACUGAGUGGGCAGCCUUCUGGCGCAGGGGAGGCCCGGCUUCCGCAGCCCAGGGGCCACCCCAGCCCGGACGCCUGAGCUGGCUGGAGCCGGCCGAGCUCCUGCCCCGCGGGGCCUCGGAGGGGCUCGUCCUGCGGCUCUGACAUCAGAGCUGCUCUGGCCACGGAGGCUGUGCUGUGGCCCCAUCCGAGCCCCUAUCCUGGCACCCUGGGUCCCCUUCUCCACGGUUCUCUCCAGGGCAGGGAGCAUCCGUCUGCACAGAUGCCCGGCUGCCGGGACCGCUGGGCUGUGACUGCAGUGUCAGAGGGACAUGAGCUAGUCAAGCCCAGGAGUGGGGAGUGACGGCUGGAGCAGGAAGGGGCCUGAGUCCCUGGGAGGGGCAAGUGGGAGGCCCAGGGUCCCCAGAGUCCGCAGA